CAUUCCUCCUCCCAUUUUCUAGUAAAUAAAAACAUAUUCAUUGCCUUUCCUCACUCUCUCGUACAAACAGCGAGAAAUGGGAAAAGGCUUCAUGAAAUUCCGAGUAUCUCGAAUUAUCCGAACCUUCCAUUCGUGCCGUUCCAAAGACCCUGCAAAUCUUCCAACCAAUCCUAUCCCUUUAUUCGCCCACCACCCUUCCACCUUAUCACCAACCACCUUAUCACCAACCACCUUAUCACCCUGCAAAUCUUCUUCCUCCGUCAAACGCCACGUGUCCUCCGCCUUCUCCUCAGCCCGUUACGGUUGUUUGAGAUCACGCCGUUCUCCUGAACCCUCCCACACUCAAUCAUCAUCGUCUCAAAAAUGGCAUGGCAUCGCUAAAACUAAAACGCAUAACCAUAAUUACGAAUCUACCCCUCCUCGUCGUAAAAUUUACAACUCCGCCGCUUCCGAUACCGAGAUUGAAAACGACGUAGUAUACCUCCCUCCGUCACGUUCAAGGAAGUCCCGACGGCGGCGGAAAUCCUUCCAGAAAAUUCGAAUCAGUACUUCCUCUGAUAGUGGACUGUUCAGCGAAGACGACGAAGAUCGAACGCUUUUCUCUACCGACUCCACUAGCCCUAGAAGCUUCCAUCGCCACUUCAGCAGAAGCGUAAAUCAGAAGAAUGGCAGAAAGUCGUUGAGUUAUCCAUCGCCGGCGAGAUUAUCGGAGUUUAUGAGGAAACUAACACCGUGUCGGGCGGUGGCUGACGGAAAAGUGAGAGAGAGUUUCGCAGUUGUAAAAAAAUCCGAGGAUCCAUACGAAGAUUUCAAGAGAUCGAUGGUGGAGAUGGUAGUGGAAAAACAGAUGUUUGAAGUGAAAGAAUUGGAGGAGCUUCUACGCUGUUUUCUGACACUGAAUUCAGAUCGUCACCAUGAAGCCAUUGUUAGAGCUUUUACUGAAAUUUGGAAGGGACUCUUCUGCACGGAAUACUAAUAAUCAAGUGUGUUUCUCGAGUUGAUUUAUCUUCUUUGACAAGGGUAUGAAUAUAUAUAUAUAGUCUGUCGUUAUCUAACUCUACUGAACUGCUAAUUACAGUUUCUACGAGUAUAAUAUAAUAAUAUAAUGAGUCUCAUGAUGAUGACAACUAAUAAUUCUGGUAUUUAUAGAUUAUGGCUCGACUUAUUUAAGUAGAAAUGACAAUCGAAUUGAUUAGCAUGUACACAUAUGGAUUUUCAAGUGUAGAAUACGUAUGAUAAGUGUAGUAGUCUCAUAAGUACGGGUAUAUUAUUAUACAAACUAUGUAAUGAAGUAGCUUUAAUUAAGUUUUGGCUGAUCGUAGGAGUAAUUAAGAAGGUAUUCAGAUGUUGAAGUGUGUUUAAAAUAAUGUUUAAAAUCUAAAAUGUAUAAAUGCAUGAUCCCGAUUUCUGGAGUUCCAUGCUAAUUGUUUAGUAGUAGU